UCAGAAUAGUUCUGUUUGGGGAAAGUGAAGACAUGAAGACAGAGCUGGGAAACUUCAUUGUUGGUUCCAGUGGAAAACAUUUCCAGAAAAACAAUGGCUUUACAGCUUAUUAUAAAUGUACCGUCACCAGCGGGGAGUGGAAAGGAUAUUCGCUCACAGUAGUUAAAACCCCAAACUUCCUCAGUUUGUCCAGGAAAUCAAUCAAAGCAGAAAUACGAAGAUGUGUGAACCUCUGUGAGCCUGGACCGAACGUUCUCCUGCUCUUAGUGAAACCUUCUACAUUUACACAGAAGAAGAGGCAAGCCCUCACAUCCAUCCUCACAUUGCUUGGACCGGAGGCUCUGAAGCACUCGGUGGUCGUUAAGACCAACAACCUAAUUGAUUCUGAGGCCUUCAAACAGCUGAUCAGAGACUGUGGUGACCGACUGUACAACAUGUUUGAAAAUGACCUGAAAACAUUAAUGAGGAAAGUUAGGGCCACUGUUCAUGAACACAAGGGAGCCUACCUUACCUUCGCUGAAGACAACAUGGAAGCAGAGACUGGAUUUAAUAAACCAGCUCUGAACCUGGUUCUGUGUGGCAGGAGAGGAGCAGAGAAAAAGUCUGUAGCCCAGGCCAUCUUAGGUCACACAGAGCUUCAUUCAGUCUCCAACACAUCAGACAUCAUCAUGUAUCAGGAAGACGUGUGCGGACGCUGGGUUUCUGUUCUGGAGAUGCCGUCCCUGUAUGGCAAAUCUCACGGGGACGUCAUGAAGGAAUCAUUCAGGUGCAUCUCCCUCUGUGAUCCUGAGGGGGUCCACGCCUUCAUCCUGGUCCUACCUGUGGGUCCCCUCACUGAUGAAGACAAGGGAGAGUUACAGACCAUCCAGGACACAUUCAGCUCUCAGGUCAACAACCUCACCAUGGUCUUGUUCACUGUGGAGUCAGAUCCCAAAGCUCCAGCUGUCAUUGACUUCAUCAGAGAAAGCAAAGGAGUCCAGGAGCUCUGUCAGAGCUGUGGAUGGAGGUAUUCUGUUCUCAACAUCAGGGACCGGCAGCAGAUCCCAGAACUACUGGAUGCUGUGGAAAAACCCGACAUAUCUGUGAAUGAGCGACGUUCCUACACCACCAAAAUACAUGCCAACGCUCAGGCAGAAAAGGUCUUAGAAAAAGAGAAAAACAUUGUGGAUCUGCAGGCAGAACUUCAGAACCUCAAGAGCAAGGCUGUCGCUAAAAAUGUCAACGAACAGCCGAGCCCAGAUAAUCUGAGGAUUGUCCUGAUUGGUAAGACCGGCUGUGGGAAGAGCUCUUCAGGAAACACCAUUCUGGGAAGAGAAGAAUUUAAAGCUGAAGCUUUACAAAAUUCCGUCACCAAGUGCUGCCAGAAAGCACAGAGUGAAGUGGCGGGUCGCUCCGUAACGGUGGUCGACACUCCUGGACUGUUUGACACCAGCCUGUCUAACGAGGAAGUCAACAAGGAGAUAACCAAGUGCAUCAGUCUUCUGUCUCCAGGACCACACGUCUUCCUUCUGGUGUUACAGAUCGGCAGGUUUACUGCAGAUGAGAUGGACACGUUAAAACUGGUUAAGAGGGUCUUUGGAAAGGCUUCUGAAAAGUUCACCAUCGUCCUGUUCACCAGAGGAGAUUCAUUAGAUCAUCAUUCCCGGUCUGUAGAAGAAUACAUUGAAAAAGGUGUGGACCCCAUCAAGAACCUAAUUGAGAACUGUGGAGGGAGAUACCAUGUGCUCAACAACUACGACAAACAGAGCAAACCACAGCAGGUCUCUGAGCUGAUAGAAAAGAUUGAGACGAUGGUCAAGAAAAACGGCGGCGGCUGUUUCACCAAUGAGAUGCUGAGGGAAGCAGAGGCAGCAAUACAGAAAGAGGCAGAGAAAAUCCUGAAUGACAUGGAGGAGAAGAUGCAACGAGAGCUGCAGAAGCUCAAGAGACAACAGGACAAAGAGGUGCAGGCGGUAAAAGAGAAAAUGGAGGAACGAAAAGCAGAGCUAGCAAGAGAGAAAGAGGAGAAAGAAAAACAUCUGGAGCAAAUGAGCCUCAAAAUUAACAGUGAGACUGAAAGAAUCAACAGAGAGAAGGAGAAGAGGGAAGAAGAGGACAGGAAGAAGAUGAGAGACGAGGUGAUGGAGCGCCGGGAGUCUGAGGCGAAGCUGAAGGAUGUGCAGAAAAAAAUCAACUCAACAGAUCUGGAGAAGGAGAUUUUACUAGAGCAACUCAAAGAAAGUAUGAGAAAAGAGCAGGAGAGCAGGACGAGAACACAGAAUGAUUACUGGGAACGGCGGCGGAAAGAGGAGAACAAACGGAAAACAUCUGAAAUAAAACUCAAGCAGCUCCAGAUGGAGUACGAUCAGACCAAAGCCAAGCUUGAACAGCAGCUUAACAACGAGGACGAAAACCUGAGAGAUCUGGAGGACAGAUAUGAGAAGAAAGUAGAGGACAUCAAGAAGAAGUUCAGAGAAAAGGCCAGAGAGCAAGCUGAAGAGCACAAUGAGUUCAGAGACAAAUACGGCACCAACUUCGCAGGUCUGAUGGAAGAAUACAGAGAGGAAUUACAGACCCUGCAGCGGGAACAUGAGCGAGCCAUGCGGGAGGCAGAGGAGAAGCUGGAGAAGGAGUACAAGCUGCUGGGCAAACUGGAGCAGAGGGAGAAACAGCUCAAAGACCAGAAGAACGGCCAGGAAGAAGAAUUAAAGACGAUGAAGCAAAAAUACAAGAAUCGAUGCGUGAUCGCCUGA